GACUCUGUUCUGGUUGACUUAUCAAACUUCACACCAAGUGAAAUCUGCUCGAUAAAUCGGCCUCCUUCAUCCUUCUUCCUCGUUGGGUCGGUGUUCGUCACUGCUACGUACGGAUCAGUCAUGGCGGCGGUGGAUUCCAAGUGCUGCCACGUACUUCUACUUCCCUACCCGAGCCAGGGCCACGUUAACCCCAUGCUCCAGUUCGCCAAGCGCUUUGCCGCCCACGGCCUCACCGCUACCCUCGUCGCCACUCGCUUCAUCCUCGCCAACGCCAGCCCCACCCCUGGCUCCGUCCGCCUCGCCGCCAUCUCCGACGGUUGUGACCGCGCAGGCUUCGCCGAGGCCGAUUCUAUUCCUUCCUACCUGAACUCGUUCGAGCGCUUCGGCUCCGCCACUCUGGACGACCUGCUCCGCUCCGAGGCGGAGGCCGGGCGCCCCGUCGGGCUCCUCGUGUUCGACGCCUUUAUGCCGUGGGCCGGUGAGGUCGGGAGGCGGAAUAACGUCGCCACCGCCGCCUUCUUCACCCAGAGCUCCGCCGUGGACCUCAUUUACUACCACGUCAAGGCAGGGCUGGUGCAGCAGCCGGUGCGGGAGGCGUUGGAGCUGCCGGGGCUGCCCCGGCUGCAGCCGAAGGACCUUCCGUCGUUCCUGCCGGACCAGUUCGGUGUCUACCCGGCGUACACGGAGAUGGUGUUCAACCAGUUCAAGGACCUGGAGAAGGUUGACGAAGUCCUCAUCAAUACCUUCUAUGAACUGGAACCUCAGGAAACGGACUACUUGAGUGAAGUGUGUGGAGCAAAAGCCAUUGGUCCAACGAUACCCUCAGUCUACCUUGACAACCGGCUCCCUUUCGAUUCGCGAUACGGCUUCCACCUCUUCGAUGUGGAAGAGGCGCCGUGCAUGCAUUGGCUCGACGCCAGACCACCAGCCUCGACCAUAUACGUCUCCUUUGGCAGCAUGGUGGCGUUCGGACCCCAGCAGAUGUCCGAGCUCGCCUACGGCCUAGCAGACACCGGCAAGCAUUUCCUGUGGGUCGUCAGGACGCCGGAACUCGAAAAGCUUCCUCGAGGGUUCGCGGAGGAGUACUGCCCGGGCAGGGGCCUGAUAGUGACGUGGAGCCCCCAGUUGGAGGUGCUGGCUCACAAGGCCGUCGGCUGUUUCUUGACGCACUGCGGCUGGAACUCGACGGUGGAAGGGCUGAGCCUUGGAGUGCCGAUGGUGGCGAUGCCGCAGUGGACGGACCAGCCGACGGAUGCCAAAUACGUGGAGGAUGUAUGGGGAGUCGGGGUCAGGGUGAAGGAGGAUGACGAGGGGAUGGUGAGGAGGGAGGAGAUCGUGAGGUGUGUGAGGGAAGUGACGGAGGGCGGCCGGAGCAGUGAGAUAAGGAGGAACGCGGCGAGGUGGCUCGAGCUGGCUAAGGCUGCUGCAGGGGAGAACGGCAGCUCUGAUAAGAAUAUUAUGGAACUUAUUGCUAAGUAUUGCUCUUAAAUAUUUGUAUCUAGUUCCUAAAUUUAUUCGCUUCCAAAGGUUAGUAGUCGUCCGUGAUUUACCUCCUCCGUGUUGGCCCUGGGACGGGUUGGCGGGGGCGCUGGGGGCGAGCGUAUUCGCCUUUUGCCAUUAAUAAAUAAUAUGUUAUGCCA